AUGUCGACGCGUAUCACCAAUCUUCGCAGCCACUGCUCAGCCAGCGCGCUUUCUACAAUCAAUCUACCCCUUGAAUUGAUCUACGACAUCAGCGACUUCCUUCCACCAGACGCCGUCCUAGCACUGAAGCUAACGCACCGCAACUUCAACUCCAUCCUGCCGCUCGACUCGAAACUCAAUAAGACACCGCUCUCAGACUGCGCUCGCCUUGCCACUCGAACCUAUCUCUCCAAGCCGAGUCCCGAGCCCAGUCAUCUUCGCUGCAUCCUCUGCAAAACAGUGUAUCCAGUCAACUUGUUCAAGUCAUCCAGCAGUCCCGCUUGCAUACCUACCUCGUUCACGGAAGAUGUCCAGCAGACAGAUGUAGUGGAACUACCACAAAGACUGUGCUCUUGGCAUGCGGCAGGAAUCAGUGGACUAGCCAUAUGGAAGAUAUGUGCAUGCACUGUGGUGCGAUCCAGGCCUGGACAAAAUGCGAUUGUCGCUGCGACAGCUGUCCUAUUCGACCAGUACGGACCUAUACACGAUACCUAA